AUGGACAAAUCAGGAAUAAUUAAACGCGAUGUAGAAUUACCAACAGAUGCCAGAGGCAAAUUGGCUUUUGGUCUGUACAAUGUUUUUACACCUGAGGAAUGCAAGGAUUUCAUCAAGAUAACAGAGAAACGUGGUUAUGAAAAAGCUUUGGUAACUAUCAGUUCAGGAAGACAGAUAUUAAUGACGAAGGUCAGGAACAGCGACCGAUGUAUCGUGAAUUCUCAUGAGGAAGCAGAAAAAAUAUGGCAGAGAAUUAAAGAUUUUAUUCCUUCACAAUGGAAAAAACGACCUGUUUUAGGACUCAAUGAAAGAUUAAGUUUUUUAAGAUAUAACGGUGGGGGAUAUUUUAAGCCACAUUUUGACGGAUCCUCUAUUACAGAGAACGGAGGGGAAAGUUACAUUACUAUACUACUUUAUUUAAACGAGGGAUUUGAUGGAGGAUCAACAACGUUUAUAUCGACCAAGAAUGAAAAAGAAAGAGUCGAAUUUGUUCCCCAAACAGGAUCUAUAUUAGUGUUUCAACAUGAUAUUCUACAUGAAGGCUCAGAAUUAAUAAAAGGUAGAAAAUAUGCUAUGAGAACAGAUGUGAUGUUUGGCAUCAAGAAAUUUGGACAAUCUUUAACGUCAGUCUAG